AAGUACGUGAUGAAGUUGCUUGCCUCAUCCUCAGUCCUUUCCAUAGUUCUUUUUCAUAAAACCACCAUUACUCAUGGAUAGCUUCCUACCAUCACCAUUUCCAAUAAAAGGAAAAAUUUGCAGAAGACAUUAAGCCCUUCUUUCUACAGACAUUAUUUUUUCUACACAAACCCAGGUGGUCUCCAUUCCAAAAAUGGAUAGAAUUUGCAGAGUCCUCCUUUCCUUGAUCUCACUCUUGUUUCUUCUCACCCCAUUGUCAGUACAAGCUUACACCAAUUACACUGUUGGGGAUUCCUUAGGCUGGUAUGACAAACUGGAACAACGCAAAAUCAAUUACCCGAAAUGGGCAUCUGGCAAGAACUUCAGUCUUGGAGAUUUCUUAAGUAAGUGCAAUUUAAGCAUUUUUAACACUGAUACAAACCAUACGGUUAUCCAAACAUAUAAUGCUACAACAUAUAAGCGAUGCGACGCGGUCUCAGAUGACACGAUCGAGUGGUCGAGCAGUGAUCCCUCAACAAAGGCAGAGGCCACAACAGUUUCAGUUCCCCUCCUCAAAGAAGGCCUAACAUACUUCUUUUCAGGGAAUUAUGAUGGAGAACAAUGCCAAAAUGGCCAGAAAUUCAAAAUAAAUGUGACCCAUGGUCAAGGGUUGCCGGAAAGUUUGAGAAACCCACAGGAAUCUCCAGGUCCAGCAGCGAGCUCCAGUGAUGAUGAUGAUUCUGCUCCGGUGACCACUGUUCCCUCUGAUUUCAAUAACCCAGUUCCUGUAACAGCUGUCAAUCGCGAGAAUUAUGGGGUUUCUCUAAAAAUUUCUACUGUUUUAAUGGGAUUUGGGUUGUUUUUAGCAGGUUUUAAUUGGGUUUUAGGUGUUUGAUUUUUAUUUUUAUUUAUUUUUUUUAUAUUCAUUCGGAGGAUUAUGUGGUUGAGAUUCUUUGUCAUGAGAUCAGGUAUUAUGGAUGUUUAUUUACUGUGUAUAAUUUUACUCUGUGAGGAUGAGAUUGGUGAUUGCUGCAGCUUGCUUCA